AAAAAACUACAACAAUAGUAACACGAUCGGGAAAUCGUAAAAUAUGUAUUUCUACGACAAAGAUCAUCGAUAUUACUUUCGCUUGCGAUACUUCCCGGAUAGGUUAGAAAAGUAAAAACCCUAUUAGAAAUCAUCAUCCCCUAGGUUGCAAGGGAGAAUGACGAAAAGACCGCGAAAUCGUGCGUGUUUCUUCUUGUCGAGUGCUCGGUCCGGAGGUGGGGGAUGCGCCCGAGGAGACAGUCUCGGCCGUGUGCCUCGACGUGUAUAAAUACAAGCAGUCGGCUUGGUUCUCGCUUAGUCGCUGCGAUACUCGAUUCUCGGUGACGGCCUGUCGAUUGCAAGUGCGCCUCGAUCUCGAUUUAUCGCUACUGGCCAGCCCGGUGUAUCGCGUCCGUGCGCACGCUCGAUCCGACCGUCACGAGAAACACGAAAAAAAAAAAAAAAAAAAAAGUGAGAGAAAGUGGCCCAGAGAGAAGCGGUUUCGGGCCUCUUCUUGCGACGAGUCCGCGCGUCGCCUCAGUCCCGCACGAAAGUACCGAAAGACUGCGUGUCGUCGCGCGCUCUGUUCGUCGUUCGUCGAUCGCGGUAUCGACAAAUUCCCGUGAAUCGUCGAAAAACACUGCGAUGGUAAAUAGCGAGGGCUCGACGUCGCCGGCCUCGACGGGCCAGGCCAGUUCAUCCUCGAUAAUCGUGCAGUGUUAGAAGAGGAACGUUUACGCGGUGCUGGUCGCCGCUAUCAGGAAAGUCGAGUCGUUAACCUCAAACCGUUUUCCCCUCUCUGGAAUCAGUGGAAGCCUAUCGAGAAGUUUCAUCGUGAAAAUCCGGGAGUUUCAUCGUCCAAGUUUCCCGCGAGAGCGACGAAUUGCGCGUUUCGGUGAUCGUUUCGUAAACGAACCUUUGAUUUUCUCGCGCGGUACAGAGUGAAACCGUCCGUACGGUUGGUUACGAACGAUACAAUUCGCAUCGAGUCCCGUAACGCGACACGAGACACGGGACCUCUCGUGGCUCGAGGACAAAGCAAAAGCGUCGAAACGGUUUACGUUUAAGCGCGUCUGUGAAACGAGUUUACUCGGCCUAGGGCUCGAAAAUUUUCGCGGUCCGGUAAACAAAGUGUCGGAUUCGCGACGUAGCAUCGAAAUCGCGCAGUUCCUGGUCGAGACCGAAGUCUAUCCAACGUCUGCAUCCGAGGAGAUAAACGAAUAAUCGUUCCCGUCGGGCGUCUAUCGACAGAGAUCGAAACGAUCGACGCGUAGGUUGAUCGAGAACGAGUUUUCCAGCAAGGGCUCGACCUAUCGGAAAAUAAAGGAACACAAACGAUCGGGGCAAAAAGCACGAGAAGGCUCGGUUGGCCGGUUUCGCGGCAAUUCUCCCGGGUCAACGAUCUGUUCGUGGAUCGAGCAGCCGUUCGUUCCUCGGUACCUACCUCCCUCCGGACAAGUCCGGUCGAGGCGAUACAACACAGGUCCGUUGGGUAUAAGCUCGUGUUCGUGCGCUCGUAGCGAGCACGUUUCACGAGGAGUGAAAAGGCGGUCACUCGGUACGCCGUCGUGGCUGCUUUCACCGGCAAUGGAAUAAUGUCGAUCGCUCCUUAACGGUACGCGACUCUGUACCUUCCGUAUUUCCCUUCGAACGGACACCCCACCGGGAAAAUGAUCGCUGGUCUCGAGUGAUCGCGAGUUAUUCGUCCAAGUGGUGGUAUAUUGUUCAGUGCUCGCGAGUGUGUGUGCCGUUGCCAGUGAUGGGACUGAUACGAUCCGGUAUCGAUGAUAGUCGAGCAAUUCGAUACCAUAGCGAUCGAUAGGAAGCAUCGAAGGUACGGAAACCACAGUUAUUUGCGACCGUGGCUAUACGGCGAUAGAGAUCCCGACUCGUCUGGUCGCGUAGCAUGGAAAGCAAGAUGUACAUCAGCAACGAAUCUCAUAAUAAUGGUCAUUCGGCGACCAAGUACGCGUCCACGAACUCCAUUCCGUCGAUGAUGGAGGAAGAUUCGUCGUUAGCAAAGUUGAUCGGCGCUGUCGGUAGAAAGGACGCGAGCGCUAUCUUACGAGACAACAAGGGAAGAAGGCACAGCGUGCUCGAGGAUUUGAAGGCGCGAAAGGACAGUCUCUUCCAGAGGGCACGACGGGGUAGCGUCGUCGAAGAGAAGGAAAACACGAAAUUGGUGCAAAAGGAGAAAAGACGGAGCAGCGAUAGCGGCAGGAGAGGCUCGGUUUUCUACGUGUCGCAGGAUCUGCUCGAGGAGAAUCCAGAUGUGCUCGACAACGAGCGUACGAUGGCGGAUCUCGAAGCGAAGAAGGGUCGCAGAAAAUCCUGGCAUCCUCUGGCGAAACCACCGAAACUCGAUCGCAAGAGGAGGAAAGGAAUCGCCGGCGUCCCGACUCAAGUUGGUAGCGCUGACGGACUCUACACGCAAGCCAGACAGAAGCGACCCUCCUGGUGGAAUAUAUUCGUACCCGACUCUGUUGGCAGGUCCAGACGCAUGUCUCAAGACGUCGCGCAUUCGAGAUCAACGGAAAACCUCACCGCAUCUUACUUCAGGAGCAAAAGCCGCAGCGUGGAUUACGGAUUCACCACGAACUUCGAUUUGGAUUCUUUACGGAACAAGGUCGAGGGACGCUUCGAGUCCGUGGAAAAACUCUCAAAGGAUUCGGACAGCGAGAGCAAAGAUGGCUCCGGGUUGCAGGAGAAGAAGCACGGACGCGUCUCUCAGCCCAUCAACACCAUCGCCUACAUGGUGGGCGAUAGGGACACGCUCACGUCGGUGGCCGCAAGGUUCGACACAACGCCGUCCGAGUUGAGCAAAUUGAACAGGCUCGGAAGUACUUUCAUUUAUCCUGGUCAGCAAUUGUGGGUACCGGCGAAAGGAGAAGGUCGACCAGGAGGCGGAACCACUACCGACGCGCCCAGUCCGGAUCCUUGCCACGACCAUGAGUCCCAGGAUGAUCUACCUCCAGAAGAAAAAGAAUUGUUGGAUAGCUUGAGGCCUGUAUCGCCUAAACCAGGCCACAUGGAACGAGUGAAAACACCUCUUGGUAUUACAAAUACAGUUAUAGAAGAGGAAGAACAACCAUUUAAAGAAAGAUUUUUGAAAAUCAAUGUUCGACAUAUCACGGAUGGUCAGGGUGUUGUUGGUGGAGUACUGUUAGUCACCCCAAAUGCAGUGAUGUUUGACCCCAAUGUCUCGGAUCCACUUGUGAUCGAACAUGGAGCUGAAUCUUACGGAGUGAUAGCACCAAUGGAGUUUGUAGUGAAUGCUGCGAUUUACUAUGACAUUGCGCAUAUGCGUGUCCAACAUACAGAGUCAGGAAAUUUGGAUAAGAAGCCGGAAAUUUAUUAUAUGAAGAAACCCUCGCAGAAUGAUAAUCGCAAAUGUCAGUCUCCGGGAAAGGAUGAGAAUUUUCCAGAAUUAACGACAGACGACAACGAGAGCGUGUGUAGUUGCGCAGAAAGAGACGGAGCCGCUUUUCCAAAGGCCUUCGAGAGAGAUCUCGUAACUCCUACUAAUCUUCAAAACGAAGAAAAUACAACGACAACCAAAGAAAAGGAAACAGAGAAAGAGACUAAAGAUGCUUGCGGUGGUGGUCAAGCAAGUAGAACGUUAGAGGAACGUAGACGUUCUAUGCUUGACCACCAUUGGGCAGUACCUAGCAAGGAUCGGUGUACAUUAUCGGUAGAAGACGAACAACAGGAUUCUUUGAAUUCUGACAAGAUCGACCCCGCGAAGUCGAAGGCGAUUCCCGAAGACGAAGAAGGAUCUCUAGUCAAAUUGUCAUGCCACGACUCUGGUAUCGACAUUCGUGAUCCUAUUCCCUCUUUCCCAGUAGUUCAGCAUAUCCCCUCAAAGAAAGUAUACUCAGACGCAGAUAUUGUCUUAUCUUCAGAUUGGGUCCCUCCUAUUACUAUUGCUCCGACGAACAUUACAACUGAUACGCUAGACGCUGGUUCCGCCAUUAAUGGCAGGAAGAAGGCAAGUUCGGUAUCUUUUAGCUUAGACAGUAAUACAGAGGAACCCGAGAAAGACGAAGAGCAUAAAGACGAUGACAAACAAGAGACGCGUAGGAAUAAGAUGUUAAAACGAUUGUCGUAUCCAUUGUCGUGGAUGGAGGGAUUAACUGGUGAGAAAGAAGACGAAAAUAAACCGGGAUCCGAUAAAAUUUCAAGCCUUCCCAACAGCGCGGAUUCCCAUCAUUCGUCUGUGUUCAGCAAAGUCUUCUCGAGCUCGCCGAUCAACCUGGUGAGUGACUUUAGCUCGGGCCUGUUUGCUAAAACUCCCAGCGAAGAGAGUGGUGGGGGCGGUAGGGCUGGAGGGACACCUCCGCUUACCGCCUCCUCUCUCUCCCAGGACUCCGGCAAUCCUCAAUUUUCACCUGGUCCAGGAGGGCUUAUGGGACGGUCUUCCGUGGGCACGUUCAUCAGACAGCAACCAUUGACAUCGUCGGGCAGCAGCAGCGUGGACAGCAGUAGAGGCAGCAAAACUUCGACCAACGCGCCCCGCUUGGAUUAUCGCAGCAUGGUCUCCGUCGAGGACAUGCCCGAACUCUUCGUUAGCUUCGACAGUGACGCAAGCCUCGGUGAACACGAAACACGCCAUUGAAGAAAUGCUCUUCGCCCCGAAGGGAUCGAUAAUUUCGUGAUUAAUUACACGUAGCUACGAAUACAUAAACAGAAACGGCAGUAAAGAUGGCAAACGGGAUUACAUAUCACGCACUGCACUCGCUCGUAUGUAUAGACGGCUUCUUAACCGAUAUGUUACUUUGCUAGUGCAUUAUUGUCCCUUUCUUCGAAUUUUUUAGCCCCCUUUCGAUUCGAUUACACUUUCGAUCCGCGUAGAAUUUAUUUCCUCGAGCCGAAGUUUACCAUCGGAGAAGGAUUUACAGACGAAAUUUGCGAUCGAACGCUUCUUACCACCCGUCAACGUUGUUCUCAAUAUUUUGUAUAGUUUUUGAUCUCCACUCGUUUGUCAUUACCAGUUCUCUCUACACCUUACUGUGUUUAAUGUGUCCAUUACAUUCGCGUGCGCCGUUCUGCGAAUCUGUGCCACGAGAAUUUCCAAUUCGUCGAAUGAUUGACGCUGUUCCAAGCCGUUUCGACUGUUGACACAGAUCCGAGGAACAGCAUCUCGUAUCGUGAUCACUUGGCUCGGAAUCCGUGAUCGUCUCGAUAGCGAUCGCGGGGCCCAGGUACGAGACACUUCAUUCUUAAACUCUCUGUUAAUUUAAAGGGGAACGUUAUCGUGUCCCCUUGAUCUUGAAACCCAUUGUGCCAUUUGGAUUCAUAUUUCUGUAUUAAGUACUAAAAAUGUUUCGUACCGAUAAAAACAGCACAACGGGUUUCAUCAAUUUUCUGAGAAUGAAUUCAUACUAAUGCAGUAACGUCAUAUGUUUUGUUGUCCCUCUCUAGUCCAAGCACCUAAUUUUCCCGAACUCGAAGGCCUCGGUAGGUUCAUACUGUAUUAGCUUGUUUAUCCCCCUCCUCUUCCUCUCGUAUCACGACCUUCGCAGACAUUGAUUAGCCAUUAUCAUUGAUUUUCGCUCUACUC